AUGGAUGACAUAGGGAGUUCGACGACUGAUGACGUGUCCAGUUGGACAAUAUCAUAUAAGGAAUCUGUAGAUUGUGGAUCCUUAUGGACAAUUGACAAUCCCAACGCAUGGGCCAUUCUUUUCAUGAGGUCGGUGUACGUAGAUAAGUUAUCCGACGAGGAUAUUGGAAUAUUUUGGAAAACUUCGGUAUUGGGAGACGAGUUGUCUGGCGACGUUGGGGCCUCGGAAGGUUCGGUAUCGGAAUCAGACUCAGAGGGCUCGGAAGAAUCAGGUUCAUCUGCCGGGGCAGCCUUCUUAGCAGGAGUAGAUGCUGUGGAAGGAACGUUCGGUACCUUGGAUUUCGAUUUCGAGCGGUCGGUAUCGGAAAUGGAUUUAGUCUUCGAUGCCGACUUUUUCAGCACCGAUGUGUCAGUGAUGGAAGACAGAGUCAUUGACGAUGAAACCGGCGGACACAAACGGCGGAAAAACCAGCGAAGGCGCCCCGCCUCGCGCAGUUGCGACUACCAUGGCAACCGAGCAAACCACGCCUCCGCUCGCCCUUUCCUCGGACAUGACGACAGAGUGUCAACAUGCAAGAUGGCGGCACAUCACCGACAGAACACGGCGGGGCGGCGGAAAGUGCAGGUCUCCUAUGUAAUUAGAGAUGAAGUGGAGAAGUACAAUCGGAACGGCGUAAAUGCACUGCAGCUGGACCCCGCGUUAAACCGACUCUUCACAGCAGGCCGCGACUCCAUCAUCAGGAUAUGGAGUGUCAACCAGCACAAGCAAGACCCUUAUAUAGCAUCUAUGGAACAUCAUACAGACUGGGUGAAUGAUAUUGUCCUCUGUUGUAAUGGCAAGACUUUAAUAUCUGCUUCCUCCGAUACUACUGUUAAAGUAUGGAAUGCACACAAGGGAUUUUGCAUGUCCACACUAAGGACGCAUAAGGAUUAUGUGAAAGCCUUGGCAUACGCAAAAGAUAAGGAACUGGUUGCGUCGGCUGGGCUGGACAGACAGAUAUUCCUCUGGGAUGUAAAUACGUUAACAGCACUGACUGCCUCAAAUAACACUGUCACAACUUCGUCUCUCAGCGGGAACAAAGAUUCUAUCUACAGCCUUGCCAUGAAUCAGAUGGGAACAGUAAUCGUAUCAGGGUCCACUGAAAAGGUUUUAAGGGUUUGGGAUCCCAGAACCUGUGCAAAGCUAAUGAAACUUAAAGGGCACACAGACAACGUUAAAGCUUUGCUGUUGAAUAGAGACGGCACACAGUGUCUUUCCGGCAGCUCUGACGGGACCAUCAGACUCUGGUCUCUCGGUCAGCAGAGGUGCAUCGCUACCUACAGAGUCCACGACGAAGGGGUGUGGGCCCUGCAGGUCAACGAAGCCUUCACUCACGUUUAUUCGGGUGGGAGAGACAGAAAGAUAUAUUGUACAGAUCUACGGAAUCCUGAUAUCCGGGUGCUGAUCUGUGAAGAAAAGGCACCAGUUCUUAAGAUGGAACUCGAUCGAUCAGCAGAUCCUCCUCCAGCGCUUUGGGUAGCCACGACUAAAUCGUCUGUGAACAAAUGGACUUUGAAGGGAAUUCACAACUUCAGGGCUUCGGGGGACUACGACAACGACUGCACUAAUCCAAUUACACCCCUUUGCACACAGCCUGACCAAGUUAUUAAAGGGGGUGCUAGUAUUAUCCAGUGCCACAUUCUCAACGACAAGAGACACAUAUUAACCAAAGAUACAAACAACAACGUGGCGUACUGGGAUGUGUUAAAGGCGUGCAAAGUAGAAGACCUUGGGAAAGUGGACUUUGAAGAAGAGAUUAAAAAAAGGUUCAAAAUGGUGUAUGUGCCAAACUGGUUUUCCGUAGACCUAAAAACUGGGAUGUUGACAAUUACCUUAGACGAGAGCGACUGCUUUGCAGCUUGGGUCUCGGCAAAAGACGCGGGGUUUAGCAGUCCAGAUGGAUCGGAUCCGAAAUUGAACCUUGGAGGGCUUUUGCUGCAGGCGCUGUUAGAAUUUUGGCCCAGAACACACAUCAAUCCAAUGGACGAAGAAGAAAACGAAAUGAACCACGUGAAUGGCGAGCAGGAGAACAGAGUGCAGAAAGGAAACGGAUACUUCCAAGUGCCCCCACACACCCCUGUGAUCUUCGGUGAAGCUGGGGGGCGCACUUUGUUCAGGUUAUUAUGUCGGGACUCUGGUGGUGAGACUGAAUCCAUGCUCCUUAAUGAAACUGUGCCACAAUGGGUCAUUGAUAUCACUGUGGAUAAAAACAUGCCAAAAUUCAAUAAGAUUCCCUUCUACCUCCAACCUCAUUCAUCCUCUGGGGCAAAAACGUUAAAGAAGGAUCGACUGUCAGCCAGCGACAUGCUGCAAGUCAGGAAGGUGAUGGAGCACGUCUAUGAGAAAAUCAUAAACCUGGACAACGAAUCGCAGACCACCAGCUCUUCCAACAAUGAGAAGGCUGGAGAGCAAGAGAAAGAGGAGGACAUUGCCGUUUUAGCAGAAGAGAAGAUCGAGCUCUUGUGCCAGGACCAGGUUUUGGAUCCAAACAUGGACCUUCGAACCGUCAAGCACUUCAUAUGGAAGAGUGGCGGCGACUUAACCCUCCACUACCGCCAGAAGUCGACGUGAGAGCCGAGCGAUGGGCCAAACCGGCGGUGAAUCUCCCUGACCUUCCUGUUCUGGUUCCAGCUGUAGCGCUCUAGACGCCCACUGAAACCCCCUAAGGUAGAUCUGACACUUCUAAUUGCCUCAGUGCGGACAGAGUCUACGUUGAACUGAAGUGACUAAUAAAUCUGUAAUAUAGACGAAUCUCUAUGACCUAAACUAAAAAGUUCUGUCCUUAUCAAGGUUCGAGUGAGAGUGUCAGGCGAAAGCCCAUAAGUGGUUCGUGUUAACGAGGUGUACAGAGACCAGGUGAUCCAGUGCAGAUGUUUGCUCCCGUCUUCCACGGGGCCGUUGACUUCCAUUUUUAUUUCCAGGAUCCGUACUUUUCGUCCGCUCAAGCUUGAUAUGGAAAAAAAACCAACCCACUUUCCCCAGCCCUGCUGUUCAUUUGUUCACAGUGUAAAACCACUGCAUGCGCUGGACCUCAUCCAUUACAUUCCAUGUAUCCUGACCACCCCCCUCCUCAUCCCAGCAAAUUUGGCCCCCUCCCUCUAGAUCUGUUGUACAGCGGCAGCGGGGGCAGCCUUCAUCGUACAAGCUGAAGGGAUUCUCCGAUGCCCUUUAGCCUUGUUGAUACUGUGAGCUCGUAAGAAACCGUCUGGUAUUCAUAGUCUAACAAAGUAGUUGGUGUGAUAACAGGGUCAGUACAAUGGUGCGGUGCAUCAUGAUGGAAUAUUUCAACACCUUUAACUAGAUUUUUUUUUUUAAGUAAAUGUAGCUUCGGUACUGUCCUUUCCCCCCCCCCUCCCUUGAAGGUGACUUUGCCGGUCCCAGUUCCAAGUAAACAUACUCUGUAUUUCUGACAACUUGACAACCACCUCUAGGAACUUUGCAGUAAAUACCCAUAGUCGUGAUAGCAAAAACAACUUGCAGUCUCCCCCCCCCG